AUGGGUCUGAAAGCACUAUUAGCGUUAAAAGCCAGUUACGAGAGAGUUUCCCAAUCUCAGUCGCGAUAUCUGGUACACAACUACGAAAACGGAGCUUUACUGCGGAUCGAACCUGUGAGGCCUGUCCGAGACAACACGAUGUACGAGUGCCUAGCCGAGAAUGGAGUCGGCGACGCCGUGUCAGCGGAGGCGCAGCUCAGAGUCUACGAAGCCGAGAAAAAGUCGAACGAUAAGGCGAAUAUUUAG